UGUUUCCAUUUAAAAGUUCCCCCUUCCAUAAAAAAAAAUUAAGAAAAACCCAAAUCCUUGAUUUCCUCACCCUGAAACAUUAAUCCCUCAUUUAAUCUCAUUUUUUCUCAUUAACUCUCCGCACAGAUUCAUCUAGAAAAUCAGAAUAAUCCAAUUUUAAUCAUUGUUUACAUCGAUUCCGUUUCAGAUCUCUCUUCAACUUUUUCUCGGUCUGUAAUCAGAUUCUUUCUUAGAUCAGAUUUUUUCAGUUUUGAAAUGGAUCUGGGAUGUAUGGAUUUAGGUUGUAUAGAUAAACAAAAGAAUGAAACCUCUGUUGAUUUGCAGAGGCGGAGGAGGAGUGGAAGUGAUAGUGAUGAGUUCGUAACGGCUAGUUCCAAGUUCGGAAAGACUAAACCAUCAAAAGAGGCUGGGCAGUCAACACUAAACUCUGUCAACAAAUCUACUUCACAAAUAAGGAAAUCUUACCGAAAAACUUCCCCUCUCAAUUGGUUUCCUCGGAAAAAAACUGAAUCCUACUUGAAGAGAAAAAUAAGACUUCUGCAGGAAGUAGGUGGCAUGAACUCAACUCUUGAUGAGACUUUGUGUGAUUCAAAUCCUCAUUACUCGAGAGUACUUAGAGAAAAAAUUGCAGCUAAAGAAGCAGCACAUAAGGCCAUGGAGGCUCGUAAAGCUGCUUUAGUUGAAGCAUCUUGGUGUCGGAUUCUUCGAGCAGCCAGGAUCCAAAACAAAGAAGCAGAAUCUCUUCUACAUAAGGCAGAAAAAACUGUAGAGGAAGCUUUUGAAGCAGCGGCUGCAAUGCGAGUGAUCAUGUAUGACAAACCAGACUGUCCACAGAAGGCCUGUGAGAUAGAAUCCUCCAACAUUGAGGGAUCUACAACUCACACUGUUACAGCAUCUUUUGAAACGGCGUUUGAUGUAGAUAAAGAAGUUGCAGCAGCAGUAAAGAUCGCAUGCAUCCGGCUUGCAAAUUGUCCUUCUUCUUUAAACAAAGAUGAAUUCAGAGAUUUGCUCCGGAAAAUUAAUCAGAAUCCAGUAAUGACCGAAGUUGAUCAAGAAGUUUGCAAGUUGUCUGCGGAAUGUGUAUCAGACCCAUGCCAUGAUUUGGACACAAAAUCUCACAAAGAUGAUCUGGCUUCAGAAGAUCCCAAUCUUAAGAUGCUGGAUACAGAGUUAACAGAGGGAAAAUGCAAGGACAGAGGGCUUCCUGAUGUUAAUCAUUCGGUAAAGCUUGUUGAUGUUCUGCAUGAAAGGCUUCAACGUUUACGAGAUGAUGAACUUGCUUCUCUGGCCACCAUAGUUGCAACUUGUGGCUUGAAUGCAGCUCUUCUUGAAGUUGAAAAUAGUAAGCUGCAUGGUCAAGAAUCUGGUUCUGACUACACCUUAGGACUUGGAACCAUGAAGUGCUCCAAUGUUGAAUCUUUGAAGAUCAGAAACAUGAAGAAACAAUUUGUAGCAGAGAUUCCUAGUUUGGACAAGGUUUUGGUGAAGCACAUGUCUAGGCUCGAGAGAGAAGUACAAGAAGCCAAAAACACACGAAAAAACAAGGCUGGAGAAAGAAGUGAGGACAAAUCAGAAGGCUGUGAGAAUAGAGCAGACCUUUCGAAUAUCAAUGCAACUUCAUCAAAUGCUGUUCCUGAAUUGGGGAGUAUGUUUGUACAGCAUGUGUCCAAACAAGAAAAAUCUAUUCAUGAAGCUAAAAAGAAUUCUGGAGUAGCUUUUGAAUAUGAAAGCAAGAAGUUGCGAAACCCUGAUUCAUCAGAUCUCCCGAGCCUUGACAAGUUUCUCGUGAAGCAUGUGUCUAGACUAGAGAGAGAAGUGCAAGAAGCCAAGAAUGCAGAAGCAAAUAAUCGAUAUGGAGAAGAACUUGGGGAGUUCAGGAAGUUAAAGGACAAGCAUCAGGCAGCAGAAGUCCCUAGUUUAGAUAAGUUACUUGUGAAACAUGUUUCUAAACUCGAAAGAGAAGUUCAGGAAGCCAGGAUAGCCAAGGCUGACCCAACCGGGACCAAUUCAGAAGAUGUUCCUACUGUUAUGGGUUCUUCUCAGGAAAUUGCAACUUCGGACGAUAUGUUUAAUACAUCAUGUAAAGAAAAUAUAGACUCGAACAGAUGUGAUGAAGUAUCUGAUGGAACAGUCAAAGAAAAGUUGGAAAUGGAGGUAAGAGAACAACAAAGUCUGAAACCAGUGGUACAGCAGGAGAAUUCCUUGAAGAUCUCUGAACAAUCCCCGAUGCGAACCAAAAAUAUGUCAAGAUUAGAAAGAGCAAAACUGGAAACUCUGGAAGCCUUUUCAUGUAAUGAAGGAAAUAUGCCAUGCAGCCUCGACGCCAUAUUGACCAAGCCGGUGCACAGAUUAGAGAAAGAGAAACUGCAAGCAUCAGCAUGGGGUAGUGUCAUUCAGAAAAACCAAAAUAAACUAGGAGCAGUUGCUUCAGAUAGUGAAGGCUUGGAUAAAGUCUUAGUAAAACAUGUCUCUAGACUUGAGAAGGAGAAACUGGCUGCUGCUGGUCAGGAGGAAGUGAUGAAAGUGAAAAAGCGCGAUAUGAUUUAUGAUAAGAGUGUGGAUGGUUUGGAUCAAAUGGUUAAACAUCAAUCUAGACUCGAAAAGGAGAAAUUUGCUGCUGCUCUAAGUUCAGGGGAUCAGACAAAGCACUCUGAAGUGCGGCGUAAAGCAAUGGAGAGAGAAUUGCAAGAUGCAUGGGGAGGUUUAAGCUUAGGGAAUUCAGUACGUCCCCAUGUUUCACGACUUGAACGGGAAAAGGCUGCUUGGAUGAAGGCAGACGAAGAAGAGCUAGCAAGUCAUGCAUGAUCAAUCGGCUUAACCUUCCGUUUGUACAUGCAUAGAAGAUAUUUGUAAAUGAAGGAAUUCUUUAUCAUACUAAUUUCUACCACCAAUAAGCCCUUUCUUUCUGGUACAUUGAAUUGUUCAAAAAAAGAAAAACAACAGUACUUUUAUAUGGAUUAUAAUAUUCAGAAUGUCAAAUGACAUGUAUCAACUCUAUCUAGUAUCAACCAUUUGAGUUAGUGUAUUCUUAAAGACA